CAUCCAUUUUUUUCUCUCUCACUGUGCGCGCGUCUCUCUGCCGUGUUUGUGCGUGCGUGCGCAAACCAAGAGCCCGGAUUUGCGAAAUGCACACACAACUUUAGUUUGAAAACGAGCCAUUGUGUUCAGCUUUACUUUAUUUCCGAGUGCUGCGCUUUUAAACACCCAUUCUAGGUGUUCCCUGUCCGGCGGCCAGCUACGGGAUAUGUGGAGAGGCGGGGACCUCUCUGCUUCCACCUAAAUCCUCCCCAAGUUGGGACCCUGCUGACGCGCUAUGACAUGAAGCAGGACCAUCGUUGAAGUUGUGGACAUCACCAAAGUUGCCAGGCUGUGGCGACUUUCCCGCGUUUCUCCGCUGAACUGAGCAUUUCCCUCGUCCGAGGCGGCGGGGCUGUCCUGCUGUUCGAUUAUUAUUUUUUUUUCCCCUUUGUCGCACGUGAAACCCGGCAGCAACCAUGCAGAGCUCGUCGCUUCGCCGGCAGAUGAAAAACAUGGUCAACAACUACACGGAGGCAGAGAUCAAGGUGCGAGAGGCCACCUCCAACGACCCCUGGGGGCCCUCAGCCACUCUCAUGGCUGAAAUUUCAGACUUGACCUUCAACGUGGUGGCUUUCACCGAAGUCAUGGGAAUCGUUUUCAAGAGGCUGAACGAUCACGGCAAAAACUGGCGCCACGUUUACAAGGCGCUCACGCUCCUGGACUACCUGGUCAAAACGGGCUCCGAGCGCGUGCCCAAACUGUGCCGGGACAACAUCCACACCAUUCAGACGCUCAAGGACUUCCAGUACAUCGACCGGGACGGGCACGACCAGGGCAUCCACAUCCGGGAGAAGGCCAAGCGGCUGGUGGCCCUGCUGAAGGACGACGGCAAGCUGAAGAGCGAGAGGAGCCAGGCACAGAAGACCAAGUCACGGGUGGGGAGAAGCGGCGCCGGAUACACAGGACGCCACUGUGAGGACGCCACUGUGAACAGAUGCGCGGGGUCGCCGUCGUUCAGCUCCGCCCCUUCGUCGCGACUCGACCCGGAUCUCGAACAAGCCAUUCCAGGGUCGACUGGAGAAGAGGAGCUGCAGCUGCAGCUGGCUCUGGCUAUGAGCCGAGAAGAAAGUGAAAAGCCACCUCCCACAGUGGACAUUGAUGAACAGACUCAGCUCCAGAUCGCUAUGAGACUCAGCAAAGAGGAGGCCCAGAAGCCAGUCAAGCGUGCACCUGCGCCCGCCCUGGAACUGGACGAGGACGCCCAGCUCCAAUUAGCCCUGAGCCUCAGCAAGGAGGAGCACCAGCAGGAGCAGCUCACUCGCCGGGUAGAUGACGAGUCUGACCUCCGAAAAGCUCUGGAGGAGAGCAAGCGCGAAAUGCAGGGAAAAACGGCCUUCAUGGACCUGGUUGACAUUUUUGCGGUACCAGUGGAGCCACCUCCCAGUGACAUUCGCUGGGACAGUGCUUCACACCGGACGGCAGCUGGGGCCCCAGACCCCUGGGACUCCAUGGACAACGUCCCGAGAGCUGAUUCUCCCUGGAUGGUGCCACCUUCCAACAGCCCCCCACCACCGUGGGAACCGCCAGCGUACCCCUGGGAUUCGGUGCAAGACAGCGUCUCCAUCCCCAGGGCCCAGGACUGGACAUCUGCCUCCACCAGAGUGGAUCCGUUCUUAGUUCCGUCGGACAAAACAGCGACUCAAGCAGCAGCAGCAGCAGCGGUCAGGGAACCUCCACUUCAGAGUGCAAGCGUUUCAGACGCCGAUCGGUUCGAUGACGCCAUGUACGGUGGUCACGCGAACCUUAACGGUAAAGAAGAGGACAACGCUGACUUCCUUGAUAUGUCCAGUCUUAGAGACAGCCUCGCCAGCGCUCGCUCAUGCAGGACGCCUGAGGCCUUCCUCGGGCCCACAGCGGCUUCCUUGGUAGACCUGGACGCGCUGAUUCCCACAAACCCCUCAGCAAUGACCACAAAUCCGUUUUUAGCAGGUGCCGGUGCUUCUGCAGCUGCCAAUCCAUUCCAAACCGAGCAGCCGAAGGUCAGCCUGAAGGACAUGAGCUCCAGCUUCGUUUCUCCGGUUCCCCAAAGCACCUCUCUGCCGUACAGUGCCUCUCUGCCCCUGCCUACAAACCACCAGGGUGCCGCCAUCCCUUCGUCGCUCACCCACCCCACUCCGCCUGGUCUGGAACUGCCGAUGAAGCUCCCCGAGCCUCUGUUGCCCUUCUCCUCAGCCAAGGAUGAGGAAGCUGCACAAAUCAACGUCAACCCAUUCCUGUAAGGACCCCCCCCAACCCCCCCUCAACUGGAAAACCAUGGGCUAGAAAAUGGGGGAAAUGCUAUUAGUGUACACUCUUGGAAUAACGCUCAUUUUGCAAACCAAACCGCAGCCCAAAAGACUUGUAUGGAAAGCGUAUUAUUAUUAUUUUUUUUUUUACGAGUGUACAAAACGGUAAUCCUUGCAUUGCCACAAGCUAGUUCUACUCCUCACAAAAAACAAUGAAAGCUGUCGAACUCUUACUAAUGGGCUACAAGUUAAACAACAACCGAAGCACACUUUGAUAUUACGCUGUUGUCCGUGACAGAUGUUUCCCAACAGGCAACUUGAGAACAUGUUCAGAGCCUGAAAACGCUCCUGCAUCCACUCAUUUAACCAAUGAAGCUUCUGUGAAUCAGAACUGCUUGGGUUUUUAUAUAAAAUUUGAGGAAAAGACUGGAAUGAACAUACACAUUGCGCUUUGGAUUUCCAGUAUGCAAGUUAGCAUCUGAAUGUAAGACCAUUUGCUUGUUAAACACUAACUCAUCUAAUACAGCAGUAUAACUGGUUUUCUUCAUUCAGAAUCAUUUAGUCUUUUUUUUUUCUCAUUUUUUUCAUUAGUACAUUGAAUUAGAACACACCGUAAUCAUCCAAAAUUAAAACAAUAAAUAAAAAAUAAAAAAAAAAACGAACAAAGAAACUGUUUAAGUUUUUGUUUUGCGAUUAUUUCUCAGUGGGAAAAAUCCUAAAAAAGAAUUAAUGUCGCCUCCAAAUCUCAUGUAAACCUCACGUCACAAAUAAACCCAGCUGCACUGAAUUGGUAACAACAGUGUAAUAAAAUAAAAGCAUUCCAGACACCAGUCAAGAAAAAAAUAAUUUAAAAAUCAUAGCUAAUGGUAAAAAAAUAAAAAAAAUAAAAAAAAUGUAUGCUCUACCCCCAACACCGAUAAUAGUACGAAAAACAAUUUGCCACAAAUGGGUGCAUCUCAUAAAUCAUAUCCGUUUAUUUCAGUAAUUACAGAAACACAGUUACACAUCUCAAAUGGUUUCUUGGGUUUAUUCUGUUUUGAUGAUAAUAGCUUACUGCUACCACUUUAAACAGAAAUGUUAUGUCAUGACCAAGUAACGGCCUACGCGAUCAUGAGGAAGACUGCUGAUUAGACAGUUAUUCAGUAGACUGUCAAUGACGCUCUCCACCAUGAGGGUAAGUCGCAAAAGGUCACUGCUAGGAAGGCUGGUUGGGCACCGAGAAAUGUAUGCCAGCACAUUGCUGAAAAGUUGUGUGGAAGGAAAAAAAAAAUAAAAAAUCACCGAUCAAGUAUUGAGCACAAAAUGUUUUUUUUUUUUUUAUUUAGUUAUAUUAUUUUGGGUUUGCAUUACCUCUAAGCCAUUGUUAUCAAAAUUUACAGAAAUAAAAUACCUGAAAUAUAUCGUUGUGCAUGUUAAACAAUCUGUACUAUACAUGGCUUUCUAAUUAAUAAACUUUUCAGUGAGAUUCAAUUAAUUUGAGAUGCACCUGUUUCACAUUUGGAGCACCAUCUUCCACCUUCUGGUCACUUCGGCCACACACAGUGUCAUCGCUUUCAUCCAAGCUCUUAAGGUUGCCGGUGCUCUUCCUCUGAAGGCAGGUUUCAGUGAUCUAAAGAGGUCGACGACCCGUUUUUAAAGUAGUGAACUUUUUAACCAUUAAUCCCUUUUUGUGUGAGAUUUAAGUAAUUGUUCUGUUGAAAGAACUUAAGACUUAAAACCAGAAAUUACUUUUUUUGUGAUAAUUUUUCCCUCUUUACACUCUUUUAUCAACACUUGUUGUCAAUCGUCAGGUCUUGGCGCAACUUCAUGUAGGUCUGGAUUUUUCAUAGUGGGCUCAAUUUUCUUGUCUAUAAAUAAAAGUGAGAAGUA